AUGAAUUCCUCAUCAAAUAUUUCUCUUCAAUUAAGUGGUUUACAAAGGUUAGCACAAUUAAUGAUUAAUGCUGGUGGAACAAGUCAUAUAACUGUUGAUUCACUUGUUCAUUCAUUACAAUCACUUGGUUUUGUUGAUCCACAUAUAAGAGAAAUAGUUCAAUCAAUAACAACUUUAAUUAAUUAUGGUUUAAUAACAAUUGAAAAUCCCUCUCGAACAAAUAUUUAUUCUCCAACUGGUUCAACUCAUCAUACAAUAUUUCCAAUAAAUCAUAAUAAUUAUUCAUUAUCACAACGUGAUCGUCAAGAUAAUUAUUCUCGAAACAGUACCGAUAUGGAUUAUAAAAGAUUUAAAUCUGAUCAACAACGAACAACUAAAACAAAACGAUAA